CAUCCACCCACUCUCCCUUGUCAGCACACUUUACGCCUGCGAUCAAUGUCUGGACCACACAAGGGAUGACCUCCAACACGCCGGGGGAGGAAGACCCGUCACCUGUGCCGGCCUCGUCACCCGCGCCCGCCUCGUCACCCGACUUCAACAUCACGCUCGAUGUGCACGCACAACUCCCGGGCUUACAAUGGGUCGGCGGCGAGCGUUGCGACACUAACUCUGGAGGCCCACCACCGAAAGCUCCAACCGGCCUCAACCCACUCGAGACCUGGCUAUUAGCCCAAGGAGUCACGCCGCAACAUGCCUUCCACGCCAAGCAAAAGACGCGACCCGUGCUGAGUCAGGCGAGAGACGACGAUGCACUUACGCCCAUCCGCCUCCAACUCAACGCCGCCUCCAUCGGCAACCUGGCCCUCGCCAUCAACGCCAGCGCCAUCCGGUUCCUCUCGAUAACCUUUGACCCCCUCCCUUCGUCAUCAGCCCUCUCCGCGCUGCUCGACACCCUCCAUGUCCGCGGCCUUCACACUCUUCAAGUCUUCGGCAAGCUGUCCCCAGCCACCGUGCACGCCAUCGCCGACUACAUUGCCUCUUCGCGCAGUGCCGGGCUAAAUGUCCUUCGCAUCGACAGGGGCGACUGCACCGUGACCGACCUCGAGCCUCUAGCCGAUGCCAUCGAGCGCAACACCACCAUCCAAAAGGUUUGGACCGUCAGCACCUACGAUGCCGCAGGCUUCGUCGACCUAUUCAGCCUCAUGGAACGCCCAAAUCCGACCCCGAGGCUGCGGCUAGCACUGUACAGGAACAGAAGCCUCGCUGUGCGAGUCAGAAGAACAGUCCUGGCGGCCCUCGGCCCGGCUCGAGUUCUCCUGCGCGUCGCGAGCCCUGGCGCAGCCUCGAGCCCCAUCGCGCUCCUCCCACUCGAACUCGUCACCCUGGUCCUCCAACUAGCCUCCCCCGACGCCCACGCCCUCCUGCCUACCCAAUGGCACACACUCUUCAACUACGCCGCGGACCCGUGCCGACAAAAGGCCACAGCGCUUGCCCUGCAAUCCGCCGUUGCCGAUGGACGCACACUCGACAACGUCAUCGACGAAUGGCUCCUAUGCGGCGGCUUCUACUGGGCACAUGGCUACAAGGAGGAGCUCCCGGCGAGUUGAUAGAGGUAAAUGCCACUUUGCGUUGAUACGAUGCAUAGAUGCAAAUGCCACUUUACU